GCUAAUGCUUCAAACAGCGGUGAGCAGACACUCAGCAUCACUUCCACACAAUGGACAAGGCAGGCGAGCACAGUGCAGCAUAAGUCACGUCUAGAAAACACUGUUUGGGUCUGCGUGGGGUCUGAGCAGCCGUCGCCGCCAAAGAGUUCCUGUCCUAAUUUGGUUGUGAGGACAAAACAUCGCUCAGCUACACGGCCUGACCAGAGUCUAAGAUGCCCUAGGCGGGGAGAAGGGAAAUGUAAAUGGCUUCCAAAGUAAAAGAUGCUGUGGUGUGGUACCAGAAAAAGAUUGGCGCCUAUGAUCAACAGAUUUGGGAGAAAUCAGUGGAGCAGAGAGAAAUAAAGUUUAUCUCUCUGGGCUUGAGGAACAAGCCAAAGAAGACAGGACAUGUCAAACCAGAUCUUAUAGAUGUGGACUUGGUUAGAGGUUCUGCGUUUGCCAAGGCCAAACCAGAGAGUCCGUGGACGUCACUGACCAGGAAAGGCAUCGUCAGAGUGGUGUUCUUCCCGUUCUUCUAUCGGUGGUGGAUCCAGGUCACCUCCAGAGCCAUUUUCCUCUUACUGCUGGCACUGUAUUUGCUGCAAGUGGCAGCAGCAGUCCUGUAUGUGUCCAUCCCUCAGCCUCAUGGGAUACCGGCCACUGAAGUGUUUGGAGCCAUCUGGCUCAUGUUGCUGCUGGGCACCGUCCACUGUCAGAUCGUCUCCACCAGGACCCCGAAACCUGCCUCCAGCAGCGGGGGGAAGAGACGCAGGAAGUUGAGGAAGGCAUCUCAGAUGGAGGUGCAUAGGGAAGGCGACGGGUCUAGCACUACCGAUAACACACAGGAGGGGGCGCCACACUCCCACUCAGCCAGCACCACAUACAGCCUGGGCGCUCUCUUCCAAGAUUUCUGGCAUGAUAUCUGUAAAGCUGGAUCUAAGAAGUCCAAGCUUUCCAUCGACAAAUCUACAGAGACGGACAACGGCUACGUGUCGCUGGACGGCCGAGUGACCAAUCGCAGCAGCGAGGAAGGGCUUCAGCUCCACGAGCAGCGAUGUGAUUCGUUAAACAGGGCCGACGAGGUGUGCUGGAACCCGCACGUCCAGCCCACACACACUCAUACAGCCCGCAGCACAGGACUGAUGCUGGCCAGUGGCAAUAAGGAUCCAGCCUCAGAUGAGGCGUCCAGCGAGGAGGACCCUGAAGCGUCCUACAGCACCCUCCGUAGGGGAGUUGAAAGGAUGAACAGUGACUGUACGCUGCGUAACCGCAAGAAUACACACCACUAUAAGAAACACUACGCUGUGGAGGACGUCCCCAAGUCUGGCACCAGCUGCAGCUCCAGAUGUUCCAGUCUGAGGACUCAGGACUCAGAGAGCACUCGACACGAGUCAGAGACAGAGGACCUGAUGUGGGAAGAUUUCCUGCACUGUGCCGAGUGCAGAUCCUCAUGCACCUCAGAAACAGAGGGAGAAGGAGGAGGAACACCUGUAUGCCCUCCUGCUAAAAAGGAAUAUAGAGAUGACCCUUUCCAUCAGGGUCAUGUUCCCUGGCUUCACAGCUCCAACCCUGGCCUGGAGAGAGUGAGUGCUAUAGUGUGGGAGGGAAACGAGUGUAAGAAGGCAGACAUGUCCGUCCUGGAGAUCAGUGGCAUGAUCAUGAACAGAGUGAAUCUCUACACGCCUGGUAUUGGUUACCAGGUCUUUGGGAACCUGGUUUCAGUGACACUUGGACUCACACCUUUUGCGUACAGGCUGGCUCAGUACCGCGACUUGGAUCAGCUGACCACGCUCUCAGCCAAUGAGUUGCUGUCUGUGGCACUGGGGGGCGGGUCUGGGUCGGAUGCACUGGUCAUCACCAUGGUGACACUGAGCUUCCUGGUGCGUGUUUGCCUUAUAUGGCUCUUCUUCUUCCUGCUCAGCGUAGCAGAGAGGACGUACAAACAGAGGCUACUGUUUGCCAAACUGUUUGGUCACCUGACUUCAGCCCGCAGAGCCAGGAAGUCUGAAGUCCCCCAUUUUAGACUGAAGAAAGUUCAGAACAUCAAGAUGUGGCUGUCGCUACGCUCCUACCUCAAGAGACGGGGUCCUCAGCGUUCAGUGGAUGUGAUAGUGUCGUCAGCCUUCCUCCUCACUUUGUCCGUCGUCUUCAUCUGCUGUGCCCAGUUGCUCCACGUCCAUGAAACGUUCCUGGAGUGUCACUAUAACUGGGAGCUGGUGAUCUGGUGCUCCAGUCUGUCUCUGUUCUUGCUCAGGUUCGUCACGCUGGGCUCUGAGACCAGCAAGAAGUACAGCAACACCUCCAUACUGCUGACUGAACAGAUCAACCUGUAUCUGAAGAUGGAGAAGAAGCCAAACAAGAAAGAGGAGCUGACACUGGUCAACAACGUGUUAAAACUGGCUACCAAACUACUCAAGGAGCUGGAUACUCCGUUCAGGUUGUAUGGUUUGACCAUGAACCCUCUGCUCUACAACAUCACACAGGUGGUCAUCCUGUCUGCAGUGUCGGGAGUCAUAUCUGACCUGUUAGGAUUUAACCUGAAGCUGUGGAAGAUCAAAUCGUGACAGUGAACAGAGAAACAGUGUCAACUUGUCAGUCUCCACAUAUCGGAGUGCUUUGACCUUCAACGUUCUCACUUUGUGCAAUUCACAAAACUAUUUAUUUACCCACUCAGUGUUUUUACUUAGGGUUUAUUUGAAUUCUAGUUUGUUUCCAUUUUUGUGUUUUAUGACACAACAAUGCUAUAUUUCACCUGUCUACAAAAAGUGUUAUUAUUAUAAGAAAUUAAUAAUAUUAUUAUCAUUAUUAUUGUGACAAUUUAGGUUCUAAGCUGCAUUUGCGACAGUUUUCAUUUCAGUUCAUUCGCAAAUAUGAAGGCAAAGUAUUGAGCUGCCAACAGGGCAGAAAUCUUUUUAUUGUAAUUUUUGUGUUUUACUUGCUUAAACUGAAAGUUAUUAUUUAUGUCGAGUGAGUUUCAAAACAAAACUUCAAACUGUUACGACUGUAAAACCUGUUUUUAAAAAUACACAAGUUGGUCCAGUGGUUUUCUUCCGACAAAGAAAUUAAUUUCUAAAGUUUUAAUGUGUGUAAAACAUUUUUAGAUGGUGCAGUAAAUGAUUUAAACCAGAGUAACAUUGUGUUAGUCACAGGGACUCUUAAUUAUCCUGAACCUGGCUGGUUUGGUGAAGAAAUUAAUUCGCUAAAAUUUAAGAUGCUGAUAUUUUUGGUAUAAUUCAUGGUAUUUGACAAAUACCAGGAAUUACAACUUUACAACUACCCUCUAUUCCCUAUUCAAACCAGCCCCCACACAUAAAUGCUUAAAACAGUUAUAUUUACAUAUCUGUUAAUAUGAUGUUAACAGUACCGUUCUGCAGGUUAAAGUUGUUGUCUUACCUGACAAAACUGUUCAUGGAUUUGUUCUCAUUUGGGGAGAGGUGAAAUGCCAGGUGACAUAAGCACUGCAAAGAAACAAUCAUCCAGUUAAUAGAAAUAACAGCAAGGAGAAAAGGUGUCAUUUACAGAAACCUCUGAAGUUUAGACAAAUUAAAGAAACACAUAUGAUCUCAAUCUUAAUUUCCAUACAGAUGAGGACUUGUGUGUAAAAAUACAAACACAGUCUCAUUGGGGUUUUCCUGAAGAAUUCCUCACUGUAGUGCAUAUGAAUUACAAUGAUCCCUUUUUUAUUUAUUCUUUUAUUAAACAGUGUUUAAAUGGUCAGUGGUUUUAACAGUAUUUCCAGCAACACAUGUGAAAGUAGUAACUUUUCCUCACACAGCUGAUGUAGUUCAGGAUAUUUUCAUACUAUGUUACAACAUGCAGGUAAUGAAUGAGAUUUGGAUGAAAUGACUUCAAACAGCUUCAUAGUAGAGGUUGAUGGUGUUUACCUCAACCUUUUUUGAACUUUUGUUCAGAUCUACAGAGAGGCCUGAUUGCUGCAUUAAAAGCCAAUUCCUAACUUCAAUUAAAUUAGUGGUUUUUAUCCGAGAGAAGUAUCAGCUGUUUUUGUCUCAGAUUUUACAGCAGAAUCAAGUUCAAUUCUGAGUCACAAACUUUUCUUGUUCCUGAUUUUUCUCUAGUGACACUCUGUUUUUAAAACAUCUGCUAUCAAAAUGUCCCAUUCUUAGUGUAAGAACAUGGUAAUUGGCCAGUUAUUGGAAAUAUUGAAAUAUUACUUUCUAGAGCUCUUCAAUUACAAAUAUUUUAAUAUUUUAGAGAAAUUUUCAGGAUUUUUUUUUUGGUGCAGUUUGUGUGAAAAUCUUAAAUGUAAUUUUCUGGUCGAUGCUACAUCCUGCACGUCAUAACAACAUGAAGAGUUUUAGCUGUUUGAACAUUUUGGGAUCUGAUUGGUGUUUUUAUAUCAGUCAGUAUUCAUUGGAUUUUAUAGAAAAUUUGAUAUCAAACUCCCAGAGCUACUUGGACGGCAGAGUCAUGUGCACGGCGAAGUGAAAGUCAGUUCACUGUCACAGGUUUCUAAACACUGCAGUUGUCUGAAUAUGAAUCAAGAUACGCACUUUAAAAAAACAGAUUUUAAAAUGGGAGAAAAGACGUUACACCUUGUUUCAAUGUCAAGAGAUUUUCUUUUGUACCUCACCUGCUUGUGUUUCGCUGUUCAAGUGAAUGCUAGCUCUGAACUUAAUCUUCACAUCACUCUCUGAAGUCAAUUCUACAUGGUACGUGAAUUUAUCAUGCCCACAGAAAACAUCUUAAAUGUGAUUAAAAUGCUGACACAAGUUGUUGCCUCAGUUAAUUAGUUAGCAAUUCGCUGACUGAAACUAACUUCAUUCAUAAAAAUGCUAGCAUUAUCAUCUUCAGUGUGAUUGGGGAGGAAGACCAAAGUGCUUAUUGUUUGUUUUUUGUUUGUCUCUGCUGGAAAAAAGAAUGUAUUUGCAGCAUUAUGCUUUAAAAUCUAUUUGUUUCCCUUUGGAAAUACUUUAAGUUGUAUUUUUGUUUUCUUUUUGACAUUGAGCUUUUUGUUCUUUCAUUAUUCAUUUGUAAAAGUUGUUUGUUCUUCACGCUUGUCGGAAAGGAGAGAUGUGUUUGUUUUUAAGGAACAAAGAAGUUUGAAUUGUAUGUAUGAAAAUGAAUCUAGGUAAAAAGGACUCUAUGUUGUGAUUCUGUUUUUAAAGAGUCUGAAUAUUUAGAUUUAGAUUUUUUUGUGAACUGGUCUGUCCACAAGGUCUACAUUUUUAUAAGAAAAUAAAAAGAAAUGGAUGUUGA